AUGGAAAUUAAGUAUAAAUUACCUCCUCUUCCAACUAAUAUCGUUGAUAUUUAUAACAAAAUGACUAAAUAAAGAAAACAGUACUAUAGAAGAUAAGCUUCACAGAUGUCAACUAUAUGCAAAUUAUUGAAAGUUUCAGUAGGAACAGUUGUUUUAGCAUUUCCUGAAGGAUUUAAAAAGGUGUACCUCACAGGUGGAAUAUUAGUAUUAGUUCUAUGUGGACUACUCCAGUAUUAUUCCUGGACAUUAUUGAUAAGAGUUAUUGAAGAGAAGGCUGAAAUAAAGAAGAAGGAAGAAUAAGAAAAAUUAUAAGCUUAAGCUUAAAAUAAUUCUUAGGUUAUGGAAAUAGAGAUGGUAACAUAGUAAUUACCAUAAAUAUAAUCUGAAAGAUCUCUAUCUUAAAAUGGUAAAUAAGAAGAUGAAUUCGAAGAAAUAAUAGGUGAUGACAUUAUUGAUGAUAUUGAAGAUGAAGAUAAUAAAAAAAUAAGGUAAGAAGAAGAAGAAUAUCGGAAAUAGGCUAAUAAUCCACUUGCUAAAAAAAGCAUUAAAUUCGAAAAAAUGAAUAUGAUGGGUGUCAUGUUAGUCAUAGAUCCAACUGGUAGAGUUUUGGUUAUCAUAUCUAAAAUAAUGACGAUUCUAUUAUUUUAUGGUUAAGCUUUGAGUUUAUUAAUAUUCUGUAAGUAAACAUUUGAUUAGAUAAUACCUAAUUUUUCUGAUAACCCUUUGAAUACACUUUAUCUAGCAAUUGGUACAAUAUCUUUCAUAAUGAUAUUUUCUUUUAUAACAAGAAUGGAAACUCUAAAAUAAACAACAAAUAUAGGUUCUUAUUUGGUAUUCAUUGUAAUGUACUUCUUUUCUUGUGUUUGUCUAUAUUAAAUAAAGAAUUCUGGAUCAACAGAGAAUAAUCCUACUGUAUAUUAUGGAAUUAAAUUCAGUGAACUUCCCUUCUUUUUUGGUGUUACACUUUAUUCAUAUGAUAUUAAUGGUAUAAUUACAGAAAUUAGAGAAGAAAUGAAACAUCCAGAAAGAUUUAGAAAGAAUUUAGCAUCAUCUAUGUUAAUUUGCUGUGUAAUUUAUACAUUAUUUGGAGUAUGUGGAUAUUUGGCAUUUGGAGAAUCUACAUAAGAAUUAAUAACAUCAAAUUUGUUGAAUGUGGUUUCAGAUAUAGGAUUAGGUAUUCAAAAUGCCUUUUAUGCAUUGUAAAUGAUGUAUGUUUUAUCAAUGAUUUAAACAAUUUUAUUAUAAAAUGUUGUUUGUAUUAGAUUGAUGGAAGAAUUACCAUUUGACUUUAAGAAAUCAGAUGUUAAACCUAGUUUGAGUAUAUGGUUUAAAUUGGGAAUUCGUAUUUUAUAUAUAUCAGGAUGUGUGGUAUAAUAUAUCAAUAAAUUUAUUAGUUUGGUGGAUAUUAUUUAACUAAUUUUAGUACAAUAAUCUCCUUACUUGGAUGUAUCCCAUCUGUAUAUUUGGGAUUUGUUAUGCCAUAUUAUUUAUAUAAGAAAGUUUUUGGGAGAUAGAAGUUAUAUAUAGAAAUAAUAAAUGGAACAGUAUUAUUUUUUGGAGUGGCAGGUGCAAUAUUGGGAAUAAUUCAAAUAUUUGGUGCCUUAUAUUGA